AUGUUCCGUCGUGUGGGCUCAUCUCCAGCGGCCCGCCGUGCCGCUGCUCUGUCGGUGGCUGCGCGCAGCCUCAUCUACACACCGCGCAUCCGCGACAUGAAGUUUCUGUACGAAGAGGUUUUCAAUAUGUACGACCACUACAAGGAGUUGGGCAACAGUGCUGCUGGUGGAUCUGACAACAUAGUCACAAAAGAGCUGAUGGAUGCGCUACUGGAGGAGAGCUCGAAGCUUGCGACGCAGACUCUCUUUCCGCUGUACGAAUCCAGCGACAGUGAAGGCUGUGUGCUACAGGAUGGCCAUGUGACGACGCCAAAGGGGUUCAAGGCGGCGUACCAGGCGCUCGCAGCGGGUGGCUGGACGAGUGUUAAUGAGCCCGAGAAGUAUGGCGGGCAGGGGUUGCCCUUCUCGGUCGGUUUCACGACGCGUGAAAUUAUGGCGACAGCAAAUUGGGGCUUCAGCAUGUACUCCGGACUCUCUCUGGGCGCCUGCCGCACGCUCAUGUCCUGGGCGAGCGAGGAGCUCAAGGACCAGUACCUGCCAAAGCUUGUGAGUGGCGAGUGGAGUGGGACGAUGUGCCUGACGGAGCCGCAGUGCGGGACAGACCUGUCGCAGGUGAAGACGAAGGCGGAGCCGUCCGGCGACGGCAAGUCGUACAACAUCACCGGCACGAAGAUCUUCAUCUCCGCCGGCGACCACGACCUAACGGAGAACAUCAUUCACAUCGUGCUUGCGCGGCUGCCAAACUCACUGCCGUCGACGAAGGGACUGUCACUGUUCCUCGUUCCACGGCAUGUUGUGAAUCCUAACGGGUCGCUGGAGGCUGCGAAGAACGUGGAGUGCAGUGGGUUAGAGAAGAAAAUGGGGAUCAAGGGCAGCUCGACGUGCCAGCUGAGCUUCGACAAGUCUGUGGGGUACCUGAUCGGCGAGCCGAGCGCCGGGAUGAAGCAGAUGUUCACGUUCAUGAACGCUGCGCGAAUGGGGUGUGCGCUGGAGGGUGUGUGCCACGCGGAGCUUGCGUUCCAGAACGGACUACAGUACGCACGCGAGCGGCGGUCGAUGCGCGCCCUUAGCGGCGCAAAGGAGCCGGAGAAGCCAGCAGACCGGAUCAUUUGCCAUGCGAACGUGCGGCAGAAUUUGCUGUUUGCGAAGGCCGUUGCGGAGGGUGGGCGUGCACUGCUGACCGACGUUGGGCGGCUGCUGGAUAUGCACGCUGCUGCAACGGACGCUGUGAAGGCGGCGGCGCUGGACCACGAGAUCGGCUUCUACACCCCAAUCGCGAAAGCGUGUGUGACGGAGUGGGGCGUGGAGGCUGCGAGUCGGUUGCUGCAGGUGUGGGGCGGGCACGGGUACAUCAAGGGUAACGGGAUGGAGCAGAUACUGCGCGAUUCACGCAUCGGGACCAUCUACGAGGGCACCACCGGCGUGCAGGCGCUGGACUUCAUUGGGCGCAAGGUGCUGAGCACGAAGGGCGGCAACCAGGCGAAGCGGUUUGGGAAGCGUGUGAGCAAGCUUGCCUGGGCGCACCUGUUUUCGACCGGCGCACUGGGGCGGUACGCGCGGCAACUGUGGCUGAUGCAGAAGCACUGGCGGAUUGCGACGACGAGGAUCGGGAUGAUGGCAUUGAAGAACCGCGACGCCGUCGCCGCGUCGUCGGAGGACUUUUUAAUGUACACGGGGUAUAUGGUACUCGGGUACUACUGGCUGCGGAUGGCAGAGGUGGCGCAGCGCAAGGUGGCAGCAGGCCAGGAUGCGGACGGAUUCUACCAGACGAAGCUGGACACGUGUGAGUACGUGUUCACGCGCAUUCUGCCGCGCGUGGAAGCCCACAAGAGGAUCAUGCAAGCGGAGCCAACUCUGUGCGCGUACAAGGAGGAGAACUGGGACAUCUGA